AUGGCUAUCAAGUUGUUGGGAGUUGUCCUUUUGGUUUCCUUAAUGGUGGCAGAAGCAUCAGUGUGUGAGACAAAAAGUCAAAUCUUCAAGGGAGCAUGUUUCAGGAAUGACAACUGUGCUUCAAUUUGUGAGAAGGAAGGUUAUUUAACUGGCAGAUGCAAAGGGUUUUUCAAGUGUAUUUGUGCUAAAGAUUGUGGUGGCCCCAACAACAAUGGUGGUGUUACUGGCGGCGGCGGCAAUCCUCCGGUGGACGGUGGUGCUGGCGGCGGCGGUGGUGGAGGCGGCGGCGGCCAACCAGACGGCGGUGCACCACCAGCCGACGGCAGUGAUGCUGGCGCUCCUCCCGAUGGCCCCUCCGAAGACCCUAUUCUGACUUCUGAAUUUACUGAUAUUGAAAUAUAG